AGCCGAGCGAGGCAUCUAUAUAGACCUCCAGACGAGACAGCUAGACCUAGGUAUCUCUCCUCAUCAUCCGAUAAAACCACCUCGUUCUCAUAUAGUAUACCUGUCCUCUACUUUCCACAUAUCACACAAUCCAUCAUCUACCACACAGAAUGGACUCCGCCUCGUGUGAAUGCAUUAAAGGCACCAUCCACGCAGGCCAACCCAUCGGCCGCGAAGAGCCUCUCCACGGCCUCAACGUCUACGUGACAGGCAAUCGCACCAACCCGCGCGCCAUCAUCGUCGUCUACUCGGACAUCUUCGGAAUCCCUCUGCCAAACAAUCGUCUCAUCGCCGACGCCUACGCCCAAUCCGGCGAGUAUCUCGUCUAUCUCCCAGACUUCUUCGAGGGCGAUCCCGUGCCCCUCAAAGCAGCCGAUACGCUGAUUCCCGUCGACGCGAGCAAGCAGUCCACCCUGGCCAAAUACACGGGCAUCCUGGCGGCUGCGCCCGCUUUCCUGCUGUGGUUGAGGAGACAUCGCGAGGCGCACACCCACCAGGUGUGUAUGGACUUUCUGGCUAAGUUGAGGCGGGAUACCCCGUCGGACCGCAAGAUCGGGAUGGUCGGGUUCUGCUGGGGCGGCAAGUAUGCCCUCCGGGCUGGGCUGGAGCGGAAUCGGAUCGAGGUCGAGGGCGAGAAGAAGGUCCCGCUGGUGGACGCGGUGGUUGCGCUACAUCCCAGUCGUCUCGCAUUGCCGGAAGAUGUUGAGGAUCUGGUGAUCCCCGCCAGUGUGGGCUGGGGAUUGGAAGAUCACGGGGUCAAUAUUGCCUUGAAGGGGCAGAUGGAGGAGGUUCACGAGACGGAGAGGCAGAAAGGGAGACAGCUGCCUGAGAUUCAGCACCAGGUGUAUAGACCGGGGCGACAUGGGUUCGCUGUCCGGGGCAAUCCGGAUGAUCCCCUGGAGAGAGCUUGCUUGGAAGACUCAGAGAAGCAGGUGUUGGAUUGGUUUGCGCGGUGGUUGUGAAUAGAGGUACUGAUAUGUUACGUUUUGGCUACGACUAUAC